GUUCGGUCCCCUCAUUCAGUCUUUUCAAUCGGGCACUCCUUCAUUCAGACAAUAUGAACGGCACCGAUACUGUCGAAUCGCAAUGGCUGGCCCAGCUAGAAGCCAUGCGUCAAGCCAUCGCAGACCUCAAACUCCCCAAAGACCCCGCAGCAGACCGCCAACUGGGUUACGGCAGCGACCUAGAGCUCGACCUCGACGAGGACUAUUCCUCCUCCGGCACAGUGGACGACAUCUGGGACAUCAUCAGCUCCGACGACGAGUCCAACGAGGACCUCCUAUCCGUCGAUGAUCUACCAUCCCCCCCGGCCGCGCAGUACGACCAGACUUGGCUGCUGCAGCGAUGCCAGACCCUCACGGCCCAGAAACCGGGCAUGGACACCGCGGAGCUCGCGCAGCAGAUCACGGCCACGCUGGCUACAGACAGCGGCGACGACGAGCUGCAGAUGUCACUGGCGGAAAUCGUCGGCUUCGACGAUCUUGACUUCGUCAUCGAGCUGAUCGCUCACCGCACGGAGAUUUUGGGGAGUCUGAGUGCCGGCGCGGGCGCGGGCCUGCAGGCCCAGACGGAUGGACUGGCUGCGGGGAGGCUGCAGACGAGGGCGGAGCGGGAGCACGCGCUGCGCCAGCAGGACUUCGAACACAAGAAUGCGGCCCUGAUGCCGGAGCAGGCGCGUCGCGAACCGCAGUACCCGCAUGUUUUCAAAUCGCAUGAUUCGAGGAAUAUGCUGGCGCUUGGUGGGAAGAAAUAUGGGCUCCCGCUGGGUAGUAGGCAGAUUGAUGAGCAGAGGUAUACGGAGUUUGAGAUCCCGGCGGCGAAGGUCGGCACGCUAGCGGCACAUCAGAAAUUGGUGGAUAUCGCGUCUCUGGAUGGUUUGUGCCAGGGGACCUUCAAGGGCUACAAGUCUCUCAACCGGAUGCAGAGUCUUUUGUAUGAUGUGGCGUACAGGACGAGCGAAAACAUGCUGAUCUGUGCCCCUACGGGUGCCGGUAAGACGGACGCUGCGAUGCUGACUAUCUUGAACGCCAUUGGCAAGAACACCGUUCCUAAUCCUGUGGAGCAGCCGGAGGCGACGGAGUUUGCCGUCCAGGUCGACGACUUCAAAAUCGUCUAUGUCGCGCCGAUGAAGGCCCUGGCUGCCGAAGUUACGGAGAAGCUUGGCAAACGUCUUGCGUGGCUUGGAAUCCAAGUCCGUGAGCUGACGGGUGAUAUGCAGCUCACCAAGCGAGAGAUCGUCGAAACGCAGAUCAUCGUGACGACCCCUGAGAAAUGGGAUGUCGUGACCCGCAAAAGUACCGGGGACACCGAACUCGUGCAGAAGGUGCGCUUGUUGAUUAUCGAUGAGGUGCACAUGCUCCACGAUGAGCGUGGUGCGGUUAUCGAGUCGCUGGUGGCCCGCACUCAGCGCCAGGUUGAAAGUUCCCAGUCGCUUAUCCGGAUCGUCGGUCUGUCUGCCACUCUGCCGAAUUAUGUCGAUGUUGCCGAUUUCCUCAAGGUGAAUAGGAUGGCUGGGCUGUUCUAUUUCGAUGGGUCGUUCCGUCCCGUACCUCUGGAGCAGCACUUUAUCGGCGUCAAAGGAAAGCCUGGUUCUAAGACAUCUCGCGAUAACCUUGAUCUGACGACGUUUGAGAAGGCUCGGGCUAUGCUUGAGGAAGGGCAUCAGAUCAUGGUAUUCGUACACUCUCGGAAGGAUACUAUGAACACUGCCCGGAUGCUGCGCGAAAUGGCCGUUGAGGAUGGCUGUGAGAGCCUGUUCAGCUGCGUGGAUCAUGAAGACUACUCUUCCGCUCUUAAGGAUAUGAAGCAUGCGCGUGCCCGAGAGUUGCGUGAACUAUUCGCGAGCGGUUUCGGCACGCAUCAUGCCGGCAUGAGUCGAAGCGAUCGCAACUUGAUGGAGCGCUUGUUCUCCCAGGGCUUGAUCAAAGUGCUGUGCUGUACGGCCACUCUUGCAUGGGGUGUCAACCUUCCUGCCGCUGCAGUCAUCAUCAAAGGAACUCAACUAUACAACCCUCAGGAGGGUAAAUUCGUCGACCUCGGCAUUCUCGACGUCUUGCAGAUCUUCGGUCGUGCCGGUCGUCCUCAGUUCCAAGAUACGGGCAUUGGAUUUAUUUGCACCACGCACGACAAACUGCAGCAUUAUCUUUCUGCAGUGACCUCUCAGCAACCGAUCGAAUCUCGUUUCUCCAGUCGUCUUGUGGAUAAUCUGAACGCUGAGAUCUCCCUUGGCACUGUCACCUCUGUUCCGGAAGCGGUGCAGUGGCUGGGAUAUUCGUAUCUCUUCGUGCGCAUGUUGCGUGAGCCUCGCAAUUACGGCAUCGACUAUGCGGAGAUUCGUGAUGACCCUAUGCUGGUGCAAAGGCGUCGCCAGUUGAUCAUUCAGGCUGCGUUGGUGUUGCAGAAGAGCCAGAUGAUCAUCUUCAACGACAAGACCGAGGAACUUCGCGCGAAAGACGUAGGCCGGAUAGCGAGCCAGUUCUACGUCCUUCAGACCAGCGUUGAGAUCUUCAACACGAUGAUGCGUCCUCGCGCGGGCGAGGCAGACGUCCUCAGGAUGAUCAGUAUGAGUGGUGAAUUCGACAACAUCCAAGCCCGGGAAAGUGAAUCCAAGGAACUGAACAGACUGCGAGACGAGGCGAUCCAGACGGAAGUGGAGGGAGGGAACGAUUCGCCCCACGCGAAGACCAACAUUCUCCUUCAAUCUUACAUCUCGCGAGCCAGGAUCGAGGAUUUCGCGUUGAUGUCUGACUCGGGUUACGUCGCUCAGAAUGCUGCCCGUAUAUGCCGCUCUCUGUUCAUGAUCGCUUUGAACCGCCGAUGGGGCUAUCAGUGCCAAGUGCUCUUGUCGCUUUGCAAAUCCAUCGAGAAGCAGAUCUGGCCUUUCGACCACCCGUUCCAUCAGUUUGACCUUCCCCAGCCGAUUCUUCGUAAUUUGGACGAAAGACUCCCGUCGUCAUCCCUGGAGUCGAUGAGGGACAUGGAACCUGCGGAACUUGGACAGCUCGUUCACAAUCAGAAGAUGGGGAGGACGUUGUCUAAACUACUGGACAAUUUCCCUACACUUAGCAUUGAGGCAGAAAUCGCUCCUUUGAACCGCGAUGUUCUCCGUAUCCGCCUGUGUCUCUACCCCGAAUUUAUUUGGAAUGAUAGGCACCACGGCGCCUCGGAAUCUUACUGGAUCUGGGUGGAAAACUCCGAGACGUCGGAGAUCUACCACCACGAGUAUUUCAUCUUGAGCCGGAAGAAGCUCCAUGACGACCACGAGCUGAACUUUACAAUUCCCCUAUCGGAUCCCCUGCCCAGUCAGAUCUACGUGCGUGCGAUUUCUGACCGAUGGCUCGGUGCGGAAACGGUGACCCCCGUGUCGUUCCAGCAUCUCAUCCGCCCGGACACGGAAAGCGUCUACACGGACCUCCUCAAUCUGCAGCCCCUUCCUGUGUCCGCUCUGAAGAACCCCAUUCUUGAAGAGCUCUACAGCCAGCGCUUCCAGUUCUUCAACCCGAUGCAGUCGCAGAUCUUCCAUCUGCUGUACCACACCCCAGCCAACGUCCUGCUUGGUUCUCCCACAGGAAGUGGAAAGACUGUGGCCGCCGAGUUAGCAAUGUGGUGGGCUUUCCGCGAGAACCCAGGAUCGAAGGUGGUUUACAUUGCGCCGAUGAAGGCGCUCGUGCGCGAGCGAGUGCAAGACUGGAAGAAGCGACUUACAAUCCCCAUGGGUCUGAAGCUGGUCGAGUUGACAGGUGACAACACGCCCGACACCCGUACCAUCCGCGACGCGGACAUCAUCAUCACGACUCCUGAAAAGUGGGACGGUAUCUCGCGUAGCUGGCAGACCAGAGACUACGUCCGCAAGGUCAGCCUAGUGAUCAUUGAUGAGAUCCACCUGCUGGGUGGUGAUCGAGGGCCUAUCCUGGAGAUCAUCGUGUCUCGUAUGAACUACAUCGCUUCGCAGUCCAAGGGGUCGGUGCGGCUGAUGGGCAUGUCCACUGCGUGUGCGAAUGCGUCGGAUCUGGCAAAUUGGCUGGGCGUGAAGGAGGGGCUGUUCAACUUCCGCCAUUCUGUGCGUCCUGUGCCGCUGGAGAUCUUCAUUGAUGGGUUCCCUGAGCAGCGUGGCUUCUGCCCUCUCAUGCAGUCUAUGAACAGGCCCACUUUCCUCGCCAUCAAGAGCCACUCUCCUGAGAAGCCUGUGAUUGUUUUCGUCGCCUCGCGUAGGCAGACCCGGCUGACUGCCAAGGACCUGAUCAAUUACUGCGGCAUGGAAGAUAACCCCCGUCGGUUUGUCCGCAUGUCAGAAGAGGACCUCGAGCUUAACCUUGCGCGGGUCAAGGACGAGGCGCUACGGGAAGCGCUGAGCUUCGGGAUUGGACUGCACCAUGCUGGUCUGGUGGAAUCCGACAGGCAGCUGGCGGAGGAGCUCUUCGCAAACAACAAGAUCCAGAUCCUUGUGGCCACUAGUACUCUGGCGUGGGGAGUCAAUCUUCCGGCGCACCUUGUCGUGGUCAAGGGAACGCAGUUCUUCGACGCGAAGAUUGAAGGCUAUCGAGACAUGGACUUGACCGAUGUGCUGCAGAUGCUGGGUCGUGCGGGACGUCCUCAGUUCGACACGUCUGGUAUUGCGCGCAUUUUCACGCAGGAUUCCAAGAAGGCGUUCUACAAGCAUUUCUUGCAUACCGGGUUCCCGGUCGAGUCGACGCUCCACAAAGUCCUCGACAACCAUUUGGGUGCCGAAGUCUCCGCAGGAACGAUCGCAACCAAACAGGACGCCCUCGAUUAUCUCACAUGGACGUUCUUCUUCCGCCGGCUGCACAAGAACCCCUCGUACUACGGCCUGGAGAUCUCCGCCGAAGAGCACAACACCAUCGCCGCGCAGUCAAUCGCCCAGGACUUCAUGAUCGACCUAGUCGACAAGUCCCUCGGCGAACUGGCCGAAUCAUCCUGCGUCAGCUUCGACUCCGCCACCGGCGAAGUGGACUCCACCCCCGUCGGCAAAAUCAUGAGCUACUACUACCUGUCCCACAAGACAAUCCGGUACCUAAUGGCGCACGCCAAACCAGACCCGACCUUCCACGAAGUGCUCAGCUGGAUGUGCUCCGCCACCGAGUUCGACGAGCUCCCCGUCCGCCACAACGAGGACCUCAUCAACGCCGAACUAGCCCAGAACCUGCCCCUCUCCGUGGAACCCAUGGGCGACCUCCCCAUGUGGGAUCCCCACGUCAAAGCCUUCCUCCUCCUCCAGGCAUACAUGUCGCGCAUCGACCUCCCCAUCUCCGACUACGUCGGCGACCAGACCUCCGUCCUCGACCAGGGCAUCCGCAUCCUGCAAGCCUCCAUCGACGUCAUGGCCGAACUGGGCUACCACCAAGCCUGCCACAAGCUCAUCACCCUCCUGCAGUGCAUCAAAUCCGCCCGCUGGCCCGACGACAACCCCCUCUCCAUCCUCCCCGGCAUCCCCCCCACCCUCAACACCUCAUCCCCUCCUACCCAGAAAUCCAAAUCUCCCCUCCCAACAACCCUCCUCGCCCUCACCACCCUUCCCCAACCCACCCUCUCCUCCCUCAUCCAAAACACACUCCACCUCCCACCCCAAACAACAACCCAGUUCCAAAAAGCAACAUCCCACCUCCCCCGCCUCACCCUCUCCAUCCCAACCACCACGCCCAAAGGCCUCACAGUCUCCCUCACCCGCCACAACGCCCCCCUCAACCCGGACAACCGCAUCUACGCGCCCCGCUUCCCAAAACCGCAAACAGAAGGCUUCUUCCUCCUCGUCUGUAUCGCCAACGCCGACGCCUCAGACGGAGACCUCCUCGCUCUCAAGCGCGUCUCGUGGCCUUCUUCUAGGCGUAAUAACAACAAUCGCGCUGCUAUUACCGCGGGGCCUGGCCCCAGUCGGAGAAAUAACAAGACUGCUGGUGCAGGUCUAACAGUCCGCUCGACUGUCAAAUUCCCCGAGGCUGUUGUUGCGGCGUGUGGGUCUGGUCGGCUGGGCGUGAAUGUUAGGGUCUUGAGUGAUUCCUACCCCGGGAUGGAGUGGAGUAUGGAAAAUGUUGGUGUGGAGGUGGGUGGUGCUAAGCAGAUGGUUGUUGAUGAGGAGGGGUUUCCUGAGAAGAAGUGAUUAUUAUUAGGGUAGAGGUAGAGGGUGGGAGUUGUUUACAGGUAUUUGAGUCGAUGGUGUGUGGUUUGUGUUGUUAUUGCUUGGAUGGAUUCAGGACUGGUAGAUAGAUUGAUUGGGUGUGUUAGGAAUGGUGUUUAUGAGUUGGAUAGUCUGCUUUUGGUUUUUU